AUGCCGGAGGCGCGUCUCGUUGUCGCCGCCUUUCGCGCCGCGUACUCCGAGGCGUCGGCGGCCAGAGGCGGCGCCGUCUACUCGGGACAGAGCGUCAGCGGCCUGAGCGACGUGGACGCCGACGUGCCCCUCGUCGCAGCGCUUGUGCUGUGUGGUUCUGACGAGGUGGUGCAGCUUGGGCCGUGCGAGCGGACCUUCCUCGCGCAGAGCUGCUUCAAGCCGCUGACGCUCGCCAUGGCGCUGCAGCUCGGGCUCGGCCCGGAGGUCUUUUGGAAGCACGUCCGGCAGGUGCGGCGCGCGGUGGCGAGCGUCGGCGACGUGCCGUUCGGCUCGUUUGGCCUCGCCGAGGACGGGCGCGCGCUCAAUCCGCUCAUCAACUCUGGCGCGCUGGUCGUCUGCGAGCUGCUCUCGCGCACGCACAGCGAGGAGGACGUCGGGCGAUGGGGCUCGCUGCCGAGGACAGAGGACGCCGUCGAGCGCGCGGUGCGGCACUACGCCGCGCUGGACUGCCUGCGCACAGACGCGACGGAGCUUGCGCGCGCCGCGGCCGCCUUUGCGGGCGGCGGCGGCGGCGGCGGCGGCGGCGGCGGCGGCGGCGACGCGCUCAGCGCGCGCACUCGCACGGCGACGCUGUCGGCGAUGCUCCACUCGGGCAUGUACGAGGCGAGCGGGACGUGGGCGGAAGAGGUGGGGCUGCCGGCGAAGUCCGGGGUGAGUGGCGCCGUCUGGUGCGCCAUCCCCGGCGUCGGCGGCGUCUGCGCGCAGCAGCCGCGCAUCGACGGCGCGGGGAACUCGGUGGCGGCGAUGGCGAUGCUGCGCGCGCUGGUCGCGAGGCUGCCAGAGAUGAGCGUCUUUCAUGGCGGAUAA